CUGGCAAUGGAUCUGGAUUUCAGUCCUAUGCCCGGUCUGAUAUCCCUACCUUCGACGCUCAAUUCGCCCAGCCGAUCGUAGUCCAUUCGGCUGUAGGUUCAUAGAACGAUAUGUCGGGAACAGAAGCUGAUACUUCCGGUACAACCAAUGCAAAUAGCCUGAGCAGCACCGAAAAGGAGAGACGGUAUGGACCCAUCCGACAGUCGCAAGAUACUGGUCGCAUCUCGGCAUUAGUACGCCAAAGCACCUCUAGGUCAUUGGAAAGAUCGACAUCGUUAGGAGACGGAUACACACACCCCCAUGUUGACAAUGACAGGUUACAGGAUGUCGAGGAUGAAGAGAAGUUGGAACAGCAACGAGCAGUGGAUUUCGUGGUUGGGUGGGAUGGCCCGAAUGACCCUGAUAAUCCGCGAAAUAUGACCUACGCGCGGAAGUGGCUAAUUGUAAUCAUCCUGGCCAUGGGUUCGCUUUGCGUGACGUGUGCCUCUUCCAUGUAUACAAUGACAUACUCGCAACUGACCGAAGAAUUUGGUGUUUCGCGGCUUGUUGCUACAUUGGGGUUGUCCACUUUUAUCCUGGGCCUUGGGACUGGGCCUCUUUUCCUUGCUCCGUUGUCGGAGUUUUUUGGGAGACGCAUAAUUUACAUUAUCUCUUUUUCCUGCUUCGUGGUCUGGCUGGUUCCAUGCGCAGUGGCACAGAACAUUGCAACGAUGGUCAUCUCGAGGUUUUUCAAUGGCUUGUCUGGAAGCGCCUUCUUAAGUGUGGCUGGUGGAACCGUUGGCGAUAUAUUUGAUCGGCGUCAGCUUGCAGCGCCGAUGAUGGUAUAUACAGCAAGUCCUUUCAUGGGUCCGGAAAUUGGUCCUUUGAUUGGUGGCUUUAUCUGCCAGUAUACUACAUGGCGCUGGGUCUUUUACCUCUUGCUCAUAUGGGCUGGAGCGAUUGCAAUUGCCCUCAUCCUGCUUGUCCCAGAGACUUACCAUCCCGUCCUGCUUCGACGCAAAGCUAUAAAUCGCAGAAAGGAGACCGGAGACAACAGAUGGAAGGCACCUAUCGAGAAAUUAGGCCGUUCCUUGGUCCAUACUGUGCUCCGCUCCAUAUACAGGCCCAUGCUGCUACUGAUAUUCGAGCCGAUGUGCCUAAACCUCUGUAUUUUCUCUGCGAUCCUGCUCGGAAUAUUGUAUCUCUUCUUCGGGGCUUUCCAGCUUGUGUUUUCGACCAUUUACGGGUUUGAGCUCUGGCAAAUCGGGCUGAGUUUCUUGGGACUAAUGAUAGGAAUGGCGAUUGCAACCGCAAGUGACCCGAUAUGGUCGAGAUAUUAUGCACGUCUCAUUCGCAAUAGAGCCCAAGUUGUGGGAAAGGAAGAGUUCGAACCGGAGUGGAGAUUACCACCUGCGAUUGCUGGAGCUCCAUUGGUUACAAUUGGACUAUUUAUCUUUGCUUGGACAAUAUUCCCAAAUGUUCACUGGAUUGCGCCGAUAAUAGGGAGCUUAAUCUUCGGAAUAGGAACAAUCCUCGUCUACUCUGGUAUUUUCACAUUCCUUGUGGAAUCGUACCCCCUGUACGCUGCGAGCGCCUUAGCCGCCAAUAGCUUUUUGCGCUCAAGCUUUGCGGGUGCAUUUCCUCUAUUCGGAAUUCAAAUGUACCACAAGCUCGGGUACAACUGGGCAACCAGUCUCCUGGCAUUCUUGACCCUUGUCAUGGCUCCAUUCCCGUAA